AUAAUACUAACCCAAACAAAAGCAAAAGAAUAAUAAAAUCAAGAUCUGCGUUUUUCCCCUGAAACAAACACCCAAACAGAAAAAAAAAAAAAAAAAANAAGAAAGAAAAAAUGUUACAGCUGUUUUUCACGAUAGCGUUCUCGGCGGCGCCGUUAACUCUGUACAUACCACCUUUAAGAUGUUUGACGGUGUUCGUGGAGACGAUGGAAGAGAUGGGAAUGGAAGGUAGGGUUUAUAGCCGGAGACUCUUCCCUCGCGCUAGAAUUGCUUGGUCUAGGCUUCUUGAUUGCUUCUUCUCCACUUCUCGCCCUCUCGCUUCUUAAAAAAAUUUGUGUUCGUCUUCUCUUCCUUCCUCUGUAGAUAUAUUAUAUGUAAUUUCCUUCUUGUGUUUUUCAUCACAUAUAUAUUAUCUUUUCGAUU